AUCCGUACACCAAUAUGGAUUCCUCGCCCUCGAUAGGCGGCAGUCCCUCGGGACCCGGGGAUCUAGAGAUGGCCGAGGACUACGCCUACGCGUGUCAAAGAGCCGAGCUCCUCGGGCUGCCACUACCUAGUCAGGAGGAAUGGACCAAGUCAAGGCAAGCCACUGAACCCACCAAAGAAGAGAUCGAGGACUCGAUAGUCGAGGAUGCCACUAUGAAAGAUGAAAGCUUGCAACGCGUCGGGGGCGGUCUGGAUGAACUCAACAGCAUCCUAAGCGCAACUCAAAAGAAGCUGAACAGGUUUAAAACCGUCUGCGGUAGCUUGGGGGCCAUGUUGAAGGUACGAGUGGGCUCCAGGUCAAGCACUCCAGACCAUGCACCUCUCCAGCCAAACCCGGACAGCUCGAAAGGCUUGAGUGACACCCUGACGGCCGAUGAGACUAUAUCUGUGGAGUGUACGGUGGAUGAAACGGUUGAAAAGAUCGAGGCUGGUGCUCGGAGGCACGAUAUCAAUGAUAAGAUCGAGUCACACGUUGACAAGUUGGACCUGUUGAUAUCGAAGGCGGAAAACGCACAGUACAGUAUGCAGCAUCAAACGAAGCAAAUGAAGAAGUUUUUGAAAUAGUCGACGCGCUUACUACUAGAAAAAUCAAACUACGCGAUGUAGGAAAUGCGCUAAAAGCCGGAAUUCGAAUAAAUUUUCGUACAUACUCGUACAAGGCGUAUUCUUACUUUUGGUAAACUAGACGUUGACCUUCUGCAGGCAUUAGUUGAAUUAAACUAGUCGUUGCGUUCAGCCCAUUUUCUACGUCACGGCCUCGAGCAUAAAACUCAAAUUAUUAAUGAUGUUUUUCUCUUUUUGACAAAACUAUACAUAGCACAGGAUAAAGAUUUUGCAAAUUUCUCUGUACGAUUUAAAAAAAUUAUUCGUAAGUGGCUGUUCUGCAGAGUGAUCAUUCUUUGUUGAUAAUAUUAUUAUCGUUACGAAGAAAAAAAAAAGAAAAACUUAUUUAUAAGCAAAAUUCGAAUUCAUAUCUCUAUACCUCAACAACGAUUAAUCAAUUCUCUCAAUCUUAUGGUAUUGCUAAUCGGUCGUUGGUGCUUCGAAUGUAAUCGCAGUAAUCGUUGUAUCAAGCUGUGUAUAUACCCUACGAAUAAUGUUCGCUUCCGAAUGCACUUUAUAGCAACUUUGGAGUACAGUUUUUGCUUAUAAUAUUAUAGCAUGACAGUAAGCUCUAAUGCCUGAAUUUACCACGAAACAUACUAGCUCGAUUAAGCUUUCCUACUCUGCUUGGAGAAAUCAAGGAUUGUACGCUGUUCCACGGAAAAAUGUAACUCUUUUUUCUAUCGAUUAUCAGCCAUACUUAAUUCAUGAUGAGUACCCGUUAAACGGCAAAUGAAUACUUUUUCAUAAAAAUUUUCACUAACUCUUAGCAAGUUAAUUUCGUCUGAAUUCAUUGAGCGUCUAAGCUAACAUCUCUUCAAACUUACCAUAAAUCAACAAUUCAUUACAAAUUUGAAGGUUGAGAGCUUCCAGUCAUUACGAAGUCGACGAAAUAUUCUUUAUCUUAAAAUAACUUUUAUACUUUACAAUGCAUAAUUAAUAUCUAAUUAUAAGCCGCAGAUGCCGCAUCCUCAUUCGGAUUUAAAAACCGGUAAUACAUACAUUUGAGGUGAUUUACGUCUAUAAUAGAUUUGACAUAAAAAAUGUUGAUAAGUCUUUUCCAUGCAUUGGAAGUAAAAAGCUAUUUACUGAAAAAACCAAAUUUACCAAAUUUUUUAAGGCGAUACAAUUACAUAGACUGACUUUAAGCCACUUGUGUUGGGAUUCAAGAUCAAAAUCUUCGUUCCCUGGUGUAAUUUUAUCAACAUACCUGAAUUGUACAUACUUUUUAUACAUGUAUGUAUACAUUUGUUAAUUAUGAAUUAUACAAAUAUUUGAGAGAUUUACGAUGUAUUACAUUAUAUACAAUGUUAUAUCAUAAAUAACGUUUCUUAAGUUUAAAUCAAUUUUAGAGUUAUUGUACUUGCAUUAUAAUAUUGUUGCUAUUGUUGUUAUGUAAUAUACCACAACCGCUUGUUGAUUCUCACGAAUAAAUUAUAUGUUACAAUUACGAUUAACCAUGUAUAAAUGAAAUUACCAUUAUAUGUUGAUGCUUGUAACCAAACUCG